AUGACGGUAGCCGAUUCGAACAACGACAGUUACGUUUGGUAUGAAAAGUUUGAGGGCGUGUUGAAGAAUGAUGUUGCCGGUAACAUUCGUAUGUUGGAGGUGGUGUGUAAGGCGAUGGAUGGAAAUGGUGACGGAAAGAGCCAGCGAUCAAGGCUGUACGAUCAGUCACAGAGGAUGACAAACUCUGGGUCGUCACCGUCAAAGGGAAAAGAACCAGCGCAUCAACCUGUUCAAUGUCUGAUGCUCUCCUCGUCCAACUACAAUGUUUGGUUGCUGCGUAUGAAGGCAAUCAUGAAGGUGUAUAAGGUAUGGGAAGCGAUUGAACCAGGUUCAUCCGAUGAAGAAAAGAAUAACAUGGCGGUUGUUCUUAUAUUCCAAUCAAUACCUGAGUCCAUGAUCAUGCAGAUCGGCGACCUGGAUAGUCCUAAAGCUAUCUGGGAUGCAAUCAAAUCUAGCAACAUCGGUGCGGAUCGAGUCAAAGAAGCCCGAUUACAAACCCUAGCAACCGAGUUUGAUAAUCUGCGCAUGAAGGAGACCGAGGCGAUCGAUGAUUUUGCCGGGAAACUAUCUUGCAUAGCCUCGAAGUCGGCAUCGUUAGGAGAAACAAUGGACGAAACAAAACUCGUCAAGAAGAUUCUCAAAAGUUUGCCACUUGGUAAGUAUAUCCACAUCGUUGCAACCCUUGAACAAACAUUGGAUCUCAAAACUAUAAAGUUUGAAGAUAUUGUUGGGAGAUUGAAAGCUUAUGAGGAACGGUUGAAGGAAGAAGAUGUUGUUGAACCACAAUCAAAGUUGUUAUUUAAUAAAACCGAAACAUCAUCAUCUUCGACCAACAAUCGAGGCCGAGGUCAAGGAACACGGGGUCGUGGAGGGAACCGUGGUCGAGGGAAUCGUGGUGGUAAUAACUCGAGCCGUUCCAACAGAGAAGAAGGAUCCAGCAACAAAAACAAAAACCGAAGCAAAGAAAAAAAACCGAGAUAUGUCCAAAAUCCAAUGUUACCGAUGUGA